AUGACGGUGAUCGGCCACAAAGUCUCACUCCUGCUAUGGCAGAGGCUCUCUGUGAUCACUUCUUCGAGGAUCCCGGCUUUAUCACGGUAUACACUGGGACUGCCGAGCAGCGAGCUCAAAGCUCGAGGACGUAACCUAGACUUAGGGUACACGUAUGAAUACUUGUACUUUUUAUUCAAAUUCCCUUCGUACUAUUAUGCACCACCUCUGUUUAAGUAUCUAAGUUCCAUUAUAACCAACUAUAUCAUAUAUACGCCCAAGAAAGUGGUGUUUUGUCUCGAGUAUCGUGAGGCUUAG